UCUUAACUUUAAUGAACGUGGCGAUCAGGACUCUGCACUACCCAUCGUAAGGCUGACGUGCUGCGGAACAAAACCCAGGGAGCAACCGGGUCGUGCGUUCCCAACCCCUUUCGCCACGAGGUUCUCGCUUCCGGUUGGGGAACACGUCAUCAAGCCGCGCCGGAAGUGCCCUCGCGCUGCCUAGGAGACAGGACGCGAGGGCAGCCGCUGACAGGGCUGGGCUGACCGCGCCCACCCGGUCGCCAUGGAGCUGCCCCUAGGGCCGUGCGACGAUCCCCACGCCUGGGAUGACGACUCGGACCCCGAGCCCGAGCCCGACCCUGACGCGCAGGCCGAGGCCUACGUGGCCCGUGUGCUCAGUCCGCCGAAACCCGGGCAGGCGCCACCGCCACCGCGCACCUCCCCGCUGUGCACGCCCACCGCGUCCCCUGGCACCCUGGAACCGCGGGCCGCGCCCAAGGCCCGGUCAGUGGAUACGCUGGGCCUGCUGAGCCUUCCCCCGGAGCUGCUGCUGGAGAUCUGCUCCUACCUGGACGCGCGCCUCGUGCUCCACGUCCUGCCGCGCGUGUGCCACACGCUGCGCGACCUCGUGCGUGACCAUGUCACCUGGAGGCUACGCGCGCAACGCCGCGUCCGCGCGCCCUACCCAGUGGUGGAAGAGGAGGACUUCGACUGGCCAGCAGCCUGCAUCGAGUUGGAGCAGCACCUGUCCCGCUGGGCGGAGGACGGGCGCUGGGCUGAGUACUUCUGCCUGGCUGAUGGGCAUUUUGCUUCCAUCGACUCCAUCCUGCUGCUCCAGGGCGGGACGCUCUGCCUGUCGGGCUCCCGGGAUCGCAAUGUCAACCUGUGGGACCUGCGGCAGCUGGGGGCAGAGUCCAGCCGGGUUCUGGUCAAGGCCUUGGGCACCCAGCCCAACAGCACGCACAAGGGCUGGGUGUGGUCGCUGGCGGCCCAGGACCACCGGGUGUGCUCGGGCUCCUGGGACAGCACCGUGAAGCUCUGGGACAUGGCAGCCGACGGGCAGCAGUUCGGAGAGAUAAAGGCCAAGGCGGCUGUGCUGUGCCUCUCCUACCAGCCUGACAUCCUGGUGACCGGUACCUACGACAAGAAGGUGACCGUCUACGACCCCAGAGCGGGCCCGACCCUGCUGAAGAGCCGGCGGCUGCACUCGAGCGCGGUGCUGGCGCUGCUGGCCGACGACCGGCACAUCAUCUCGGGCAGCGAGGACCACACCCUCGUGGUGUUCGACCGAAGGGCCAACAGCGUCCUGCAGCGGCUGCAGCUGGACUCCUACCUGCUCUGCAUGUCCUACCAGGAGCCCCAGCUCUGGGCCGGUGACAACCAGGGCUUUCUACACGUCUUUGCCAACCUGGACGGCAGCUUCCAGCUCAUCCGGUCCUUCGAUGUGGGCCACAGAUCUCAGGUCACGGGGAUCAAACACUCGCUGGGGGCCUUGUACACCACGUCCACCGACAAGACCAUCCGGGUGCACGUGCCCACAGACCCACCAAGGACAAUCUGCACUCGCACCCACCACAACGUGCUGAAUGGGAUCUGUGCAGAAGGCAACUUAGUGGUGGCCGCCUCUGGGGGCCUAUCGCUGGAGGUCUGGAGGCUGCAGGCCUGAGCAGGCGGGCGUGGACACGCGUGGAUGUGGAUACUGCUGGCCCCCAGGCUGCGCCUCGGCCUCUGUUUUGGGGGGACCGCCCCCCAUGUCGGUGCUGCCUCCGCCCUGCCUCACAGGUCUGGGGUGCAAGGAACCUUGGCCCUGGGUGGGCAGGGGCCCUGGACUAGGCCCCGCCCCCUGGAGGUGAUAUUGAGGUGUGGCCCACCCAGGGAGAUCCCCCCUCUCCUGCCAGUUUGGUUGUGAUUGGACUCACCCUCUCCGUGGAGGGCCAAGGGGGAAUAAACCCGACGUUCUGGUGCUC